AUGCGACGCUUCCCAUUGGCUCAGCUCACCUCGGGAGAGGCUGUGAUCAGCUCACCGAAAGACCCCGACUCGAAUGACACACCCAUCCCAGGUGAAGUUCGGAGGUCAAUUCUAUCUACUGAUUACGAGUUGGGUAAUUCCCGCCGGUUUACGCACGACAUCAUCGACUACCAACUUGACUGGCAAGCAUGGAACACGACCUGGCUCGGGCUCUCAUGGGUUGAGACGAUGAGCACUCGCCGGCGGUCGGUGCACGACAUGUCCGAUAUCUCCGAGAACGGCGCCCAAGACUCUUGA